AUGACUCAAGAAAAUAGAAAUGUUCCGGUCGUCAAUGCUGCUGAUAAACAUGCCGAUGAUUUUUUCGGCGAUCGAUCACUUGAACACAAGCAAUUUGAAGAAGAAAAACAACAAGCCAUAGAUCAUUGUGCAGCUCAACACGACAAACUCAAAGAGAAAAAACAAACAUUGACCCAAGAAAAACAACAACUCAAACAACAAUGUGAUAAUAUAUUGCAUGGGAGUGCUAAACUGCUUGGUGAGCUAGAACAACAAGCCAAACAAAUGAAAAAGCUAGAAGAAGAAAAAACAGAUCUGUAUUUGAGACAAUUAGACAAAAACAAAAUCCUUACUCUCGAAAAGGCAAACAUUGAAGAUCAACGAGCAAAGAUACCUGAACUAGAACGUGAAUUAGAUGAAUACACAAAAAUGUUUGAUGAACUCAAUGUUGAGCAGCAAGAGCUACAAAAGCAACUGUCGACGAUUCGAGAUAAAGAGACUGAAAAUGCCAAUACGCAAAAUUAUCUUCAAUUGUCACAACGUGAAUUAAAAAGACAGAUUGAAUUAAUUACAGAAGAACUUCGUGAGAAUGAAGAAAUUCUGAUUAUCGAACUAGCUCAACGUGAAGAGCACGAAAGAAAAAUUCAAGAGUUACGUCGGGAAAUUGAACGAUAUGAAGAAGAAAUCAAGACUAUCGAUAAGGAAAUCGAACAACUAAAUGAACAACAACGUAUUUUGGAACGAGAAAAGAAAAAUUUAGAAAAACAAAUUCAACAAUUAAAUGCAACUAUUGCUAAAUUAGAAGCUAUUCUUAAAGAUAAACUGGAACAAGUUGCUCGUCUUGAGGAAGAAAUUCGAAAAACGAACGAGAAAAUCAAAGAAUUAACAAAGGAACUUGAAGAAUUACGUGAACAAAUGCGAUUAACCAACGAAAAAUUGGAAAAAGUGAAACAAGAUGUUGUCAAUGCCGAAGCACAACUUACACAACUUGAGGAACAACGAAAAGAACUUGAACAUGAACGACGACGGCUUGAAAAAGAACUUCAAAAUCUUGAAGAUGAACGUGUCAAACAAAUGAAUUCAUUAAAUAGACUACAACAAAAAUUACUUAACGUCGAAGAAUUAUUUUAUCGCGUCGAUACAGCUGUUAAGCAACUCGAACAACAAAUGCAACAGCAAUCGGUCGAAGUUAAACGAUUAGAAAGUGAACAUGAUCAUCUCGAUGAAGAGUUGAGUCAGCGAACUGAAGAAUGUAAUGAUUUACGUGAGAAAAUGGAAGCCGCUGUACAAGAUAGACAAACUGCUGAAGCCGAGCAUAAAGAAGCUGAAAGAGAAUUAACACAGCUAAAAAACCUCGAGCGUGAACAUAGCAAUCAAUAUGACAAAGCGAUAAAUGAAGAGCAACGAUUACAAGCACAAUUAACACAGACAGAACUUGAAGAAAAACAAGCUGAGCAACAAUUAACUGCUUUGGAAGCUCGAGUAAAAAGUUUAGAACCUUUCGAAAUGUUAAUGAGUGGAAUUGCAUCAAUACCAACUCUCUCCAUAAACAGUUUAGCAUCGUCCGCAAGUUUAGAGAGUGGAAUUGCAGCAAUAGCAAUACCGUUCAUAUCCGGCAUGACACAAAACAGACUGCAAACGUUGAACAAAGCCCGCGAAGAUCUGAAUCGAACACGAGAGAAACAUGAAAAUAAAAAGUCAAAGACGAGUGAACUUCGUGAUAGACAUAGUGCUGCUAAGCAUAAUGUCGCUGAAUGUAAAAAGCAGCAUAGCAAUACAAAGAAAGAACUUGCUCAACGAAAAGUUGUUGCUCUACAAAAGUCGACAACAUUCAGUCAAUGUAAAAUUAAUGUUGCAGAAUUGAUAGAACAACAUCGAAAUGCUGCAGAACGACAACAGCAAUCAGCAACGAACUUGCGCAUAGUAAAUAAUAAACUACAACGAGCUCAAGCAAAUCUUAGUACGACUACAAAUGAUUUACAACGUUGUCAGCAAGAGAGAACAACAUAUAAUAAUCAAAGAAAUGAUUUGAAAUCGAAUGUAGAAGAUUUAAAGCUGGAAAUUGCACAACAUCAAAAGAUUAUCAAGGAGCACAAUGAAGUUAUGAAAGAGAAUCAUAAAGAAUUAUCGAAAAAGACAGACGAAUGUCAAAAACAGAAGCUCAUGCUUCAAAAACUCAAAGGUGAACGUGAAAAUACCCAACGAUUAUACGACGAUAUGAUCAGUUCUGAAAAAGCCAAAAUUCGUGAUGUGACCCAUUUACAAACGUUAAUUGAAGCUGAAGAAAAAAAAGCUGAAGAACUGCAAGCUUUUAUAGAUGGCAAGAAAAAACAACUCGAAAAUCUCAAUGAAAAACUGAGAUUUACGAGUGAAGAAUUAAAACACGUUACUGAGAACGGCAAAGCAUUAGUUGAACGAAAAUAUAUUUUGAAGAAAAAUCUUCAAGAGAUGCACAGUCAAUUAAACACAGUCGAACGUGAAUAUCAGAAUGCGCAUGUGAAGGUCCAAUUGCAAGAUGAAAAAGUACAAAAUCUUCGUCAGAAAAUCGAUUUGUUAAAUGCACGUGACGCUAAAUUAUCCUCGGAUGUGCGACAUAUUGAAGAUAAAUUAGAACAUAAGGUACGACAAAUUGAAAACAACAAUAGAUUAAUGGAUGAUAUUAAAGAAAACGUAAGCAAAACACACAAACAACAAGAAAAUACACAAAAAAUAAUUCAAAUAGCAAAAGAAGACUUAUCAUCCAUACAAAUAGAUAUAGGAAAAGUAGAUAUACAAAUCGUUAAAAAUGAACAAGACUUUGUUGAAAUGUGUGAAAAACUUCGUCAAACUUUAAGAAUGAGUGAUACUGAUGAAUAUGGAUGGGACAAGUUCAAACCGAAUAAGAAUAAUUCCAUAACGAAUACUACUACUGAUACUGGAAUCGCUAUGCGUUCAGUGGGAAGUAAUACGAAACAAUCUUCGGAUUCAAUUGAAGCUGUAAUUCUUGAUGCUAUCACAUUGAAUAUCCGAUUGAAAUAUAGUUAUCCACACUUGCAAGCAUUUGUUGAUGAGCUUACACAACCAAACGAGCAUCUUCGUUGCGGUGAAAAUAGCGAAUGUGUUUCAGUACUUCACCAGUAUGCACUCAUAUCGACUCGUGAACCAAUCGAUAUGAGUAAUCAAAGUGUACGUAUCAUAUAUCGACCCAAUUUGUUUGUCCGAAAAAAUGACGCUUUCGGACCAUGGAAUUUCAAUUUUUUACUUAAUCUUCUUGAGCUCGACUAUCAAUGUAAUGAUUCGAAUCGCAAUGAAUUUCCAAAAGUAUGGAAAACAAGUCCAACGACUAAAGUUCAUAUUCAUCGUGAAGAAAAGCAAAAGAAAGAUGAAUCAACAAAUACUGCAAACAACGAUGAUAAUAUCACUCUUGAUGAUCUUCUCAAAAAGAUCUGUCGACAAAACAACUGUGAUGAAGGAGAUGCAGUACUUUGGAAAAGAGCUUUAAAAGGUAUAAACUUGUUCUUUUUUGAAAAAAAAUUUAGAUUAGUUAGAACUGAACUUCUUUCCAAAGCAUUCAGUUUUUGA